AAAUAUGUAACAGCGGUAUACGAGCAGCGUCAGUGUCCACUAGUGUGCAUGCCUGAUUAAACAAGGACAGGAAGUAUCUAUACAUGGUGUUCUCUUUCUAUUUCCAUGUUGCAUCCAUCUUACUAUACAGUACACACACUCAGCUAUUCUAUCAUUAUAUUUGUGCGUUGCUUAUGUGUGAACCAAACAUUUCCAUGGCAACAAAUCGUUUGUCUCUUGUUUGAUGCACGGUUUUCAACGGAGUUGAAAGAAUUUUUUAAGAGAAACGUAAUGGACGGGUUGUUUUUAAAGUAAUAAACGGAAAUUCUCGUAUCCAUUGAGAAACGAUAGGCGAUUUGAAAGUGUCACUAUGAACGGUGAUUUAUCGAUGCAAGGUAGUAUGAAUAAGAUAUUUUAUAAUCUGCGAAAAAAGGAGGAGAGUCGUAUUUCGGAACGUCAUCGCAACAUAUUAUACCUUGUAUGUGAUUAUUUGGAACACAAUGGAAAUCAGUGGACAUCGUGGAAAGAGAAGGCGAAACCAAAUUUGAAAAUUCGACAUCGGUAUAUAGACAUUAGCGAUGUAUUAUUCCGGGAAGCUCGUCUGUCUCCCGAACAUCGGGUCUGCGACAACAUCGAUUUGGAAAUUAUCGUUGCAGAGUAUGAAAAUUAUUACAAGAUGAAAUUUCAAAAAUAUCCCAUAUUGUGUAAGAAAAUAACUGGAAGGGAAAUGACGAGGGAAGUGACAAAUGCAAGCAAAACUGUUUGUAGAAGUAUUGAGACAAAAGCCAAAUCUUUUAGUAAACAAGCGAGAAGUGAGCCUGUGAAAGAGACGAAUCUACAGCAGAAGAUAACUGAUGACAAUACGAAUCAUAUUAAUCUCGCAAUGACAGUGACGUCAAUAUUCCCCAAUGAGAGUGAUGGACGUUCAUCAGAAGAGCUAUUUAACGUCCCAAUGGAACAAUCCAUGCAAUCGAAGAUAUUGAAAUGCAUUGAAAAGCUUUAUUCAGAUAAUACGGAAUUACGAAAGAUUGCUGAGGACGUCUCAUGCGAGAUCGUAGUAAACAAAUUAAAUGUACAUUGGGAUGACGUUAUAGGCCUAGAAGAAUGUAAAACCGCUGUUAAGGAGGCCGUUGUGUAUCCCCUUAAGUAUCCUAUCUCUUUUGAUGGCCCGUUUUCCCCAUGGAAAGGUAUUUUGCUGUACGGCCCACCUGGUACAGGGAAAACGAAGUUAGCGAAGGCAGUCGCGACAGAAUGCCAUUGCACCUUUUUUAACAUAACUGCCAGCUGAUUGGUCAGCAAAUGGAGAGGCGAUUCCGAGAAGUAUAUACGUGUAAGUUGCUUUGUCUAUGUUUUAUUUGAACUUGCCUAUAGUCAUUCGCCUACAAUUAUUUUUAUCGACGAGAUUGACUGGAUCGCCACAAAUAAAGGAGACUGUAUAUUGUCUGAACCUGCAAAGAGAUUCAGAUCAGAACUUCUUUCUAGAUUGGAUGGAUUAGUGUCUAAUGAGAAUUCUAAUGUAGUUCUUCUGGCUACAACUAAUUCCCCUUGGGGCAUUGAUGCAGCUUUACUCAGGCGUCUCGAAAAGCAAAUAUACGUAUCAUUACCCAAUGAAGUUGCUCGACUUGGUAUAUUCAAAUUAUACCUUAGCAACCACUUAUUAGAAAAUACAGAUAUUGUAAACCACAUAGUAAAAUGUACUGAAAGAUAUUCUUGUGCAGAUAUAAAAUUGCUUUGUAAGCAAGCGUGGCUACUAGAAAUAAGCCCGAUAUGGAGGAGACUUGAAAAGAAAGAAACACCUGUUACCACUUUGAAAUAUGAAUUAAAAAGUUAUGAAAUAUUAGCAAAAUUGUUAAAAAAAAUGUCACCUACAGUUAUGCAAAUAGAUAAAUAUGAUACGCGGAACAAAUAAAUACGCAAUCGUAAUGACAGAUAUUGAAAAAUAUAAAUAAAUGGAUUAUCGUUCGAGAAAUCAUUCGCAUGUGUGUGCAUGUGUGUAUGCGCGCAUGUGUAUGCGCGCAUGUGUGUGCGCGCAUGUGUGUCGUGUGUGUCAUGUGUGUGUGCGUGUGUGUGCGCGCACACGCUAUAGGCUAAGUUUAAAAUGUUCGGUUGUAUUAUAUCCUUGUAUUAUAUAUGUCGGAGAUGAAAGGAAAACCGGAGCCUUCCCUUUGCAAUUUUGAGGAAGCCUUCUAAUGCUUUAGCCUAGAUUUUAUCAUAACUGUAAUUAAGCAAUUGUCAUUUGUAAUUGUUUGAUAUUUGUGAAAGCGAAAGUGAGUUCGAGGUGACAACUGGUCGCCGAACGUAGCCACGGUCACGGGAUAAACGUUUUGCCUGACGAAGGUGUGGAUCGGUUGUAUUGUUCUCCCUAGAAAUCGCAUAGAAUUGUACUUUAGAGAUGUCGAUAUAAUGGGACACACGUUGUAUUAGGAAUCAAUCUCCAGACAGAAACUGCCUAGUAACGGCGUUUGAAUCUUUCUCGAUGUUUCCAAAGAGUAUACAACAAACUUUUGACAGAAAUUGCCUAGCAACAACGAUUGGAACCUUCUCGAUGUUUCCAGCGAGCAUAUAACAAACAAAUGCAGUCGGAUAGCGAAAAAGAUUUUCAUCAGAUAUUCAUUCGUGUGAUCGCCUUGGAAAGUGAUACAUCGAGCAAUUUACCGAGUGUCUCAGCAAUUGUAUUCUGUGUUUAAAAUUAUUCUACACAUAGUAAAGAGUUAUCCCGUUGACCGUGGAUUCGUUUGAACCCCGGAACAUUGUUAAUAGCGUUAAUUAAAUUCAUUAUUCGUGAAACCUAUCGAUCGUUAAUCUCAUUAUACGUUAAAUUCAUUAUUCGUAAGACAUAUUAUUCGUUCCUCUUAUUGUUCGUUAAACUUAUUAAUCUUUAAUCUAAUUAUUAGUUAAACUUAUCGUUUGUUAAUCUUAUUAUUUAUUAAACUCAUUAUUCAUAAUA